UUUUUAAUUUUUUUUACUCACCUUUUAGAAAAAUAUAAAUGAAGUCUGUGUUGUCAUUAGCACGUACACAAUGUUUAAAAAGAACCACCGUUAGGUCUUUGCUUAGCCUGACACCCAGAGGUAGGCAUUCAUCAGCAAACCGGGUUAAAGAGCUGCAACAUGGACAACUCUGCCACCUCUUCCAACCCACCCUUAUCCUUUCCCUGUAUCGACAAGAUGAAUUCCCGCACAUUGGAGUUGGAUAGUGGACCUGAGCCCAGCUAUGAUAAAAUCGUGACAGGUUACGAAAAAUUUGAAUACCCACACCCAUUUUUACUUGAUCAUGGAGGUAUUUUACCCAGAGUUGAAAUUGCCUACGAGACGUGGGGAACCCUCAACGAAAAAAAGGACAAUGCCAUUCUGAUCCACACAGGACUCUCUGCUUCCUCACACGCGAAAUCGCAUGAAAAGAAUACAAAACCCGGUUGGUGGGAGGAUUUCAUUGGUCCCGGUGCCAAUAUCGAUACCAACAAGUUUUUUGUCAUCUGUACCAAUGCCGUCGGUGGUUGUUAUGGAUCCACAGGUCCCAGUUCCAUUGAUCCCGCAGAUGGUGAACGUUACGCUACCCGCUUUCCCAUCAUCACUAUUUUUGAUAUGAUUCGUGCUCAAUUCAAAUUGUUGGAUCAUCUCGGCAUUGAUAAGUUACAUGCUAGCGUAGGCAGCAGUAUGGGUGGCAUGCAGUCCAUUGCCGCAGCGAAAUUAUUCCCAGAACGUGUCAAGAGAUUGAUUUCAAUCUCUGCUUGUGCUAGAUCGCAUCCUUAUUCCAUCGCUCUUCGACACACACAACGUCAGGUAUUGAUGGCGGAUCCUAAUUGGAACAAGGGAUUUUACUAUAAGGGCAUUCCACCUCACGUUGGUAUGAAGCUUGCGCGUGAAAUUGCCACUAUUAGUUAUCGAUCUGGACCUGAAUGGGAACUUCGAUUUGGCCGCAAGCGAUCCAAUGAGAACCAAUCACCUGCAUUAUGUCCCGACUUUUUGAUUGAAACCUACUUGGAUCAUCAAGGCGAACGAUUCUGUCUUCAAUACGAUCCCAAUUCCCUCUUGUAUAUCUCCAAAGCCAUGGACAUGUUUGAUAUGUCGAGCUCGGAAAUUGCAAAGUUGGCAAGACAACGUCAGCAUAACCUGCCUAAAAUUGAAGAAAUCUUGAAACACCGUCAAGGGUUGGAACGCCCAGAAGAAGAGGAUUCGCGUGUCAUGGCCGAGGCUUGUCGAUCUGUGAUGGGCACCUAUACCGCGUUGGAAGGGAAACAAGUCAACAAUGAGAGCGAAAAGAAGAGUAAGCCUAGAUUGACUACGCUUUCUUCCGAUCCCGCAACACAGGAUCUGGUGGAAGGUAUGAGUGGAAUCACCAUGCCAACCUUGGUUUUGGGUGUCCAAUCCGAUAUCUUGUUCCCAGUAUGGCAACAAAAAGAAAUCGCUGAGUGUUUGCGUGCUGCUGGUAAUAACCGUGUCACUUACUAUGAAUUAGACGCUAUGUUUGGUCAUGAUACAUUUUUAAUUGACCGUGUCAGUGUUGGUGGAGCUAUCAAGGGCCACUUGGAGUUAUUAGAUGAUGAUGCUUAGAAUGUAUUUAAAAAGAAAAGGAAUUAGUUGUGUAUUUUUAUUGUAUAUCCCCCCCCCCGCUUCACACCUCUUUUUUUGUUUUUUCAUAACUGUCAUUUAUUAAAAAAAAAAAAAAAAAAAAUUGUUAUUUAAA